AUGACGAGCUGGGAUAAGAGCAAAGAGACCUUCAACGAGUUCGGACUCUCGGUCGCGCUCGCCGAAGCUCGAGCCGGCUUCGAUGAAGGUGGUAUCCCGAUCGGCGCCGCGUUGAUCCGUUCAGACGGCGAGAUUAUCAGCAAAGGCAGAAAUCAGCGUGUCCAACUCGGUAGCGCUACCCGACAUGGCGAAAUAGACUGUCUGGAGAGAGCCGGUCGUUUGACUGCUUCCGUAUACAGAGAUUGCACCAUGUUUACGACGCUGUCGCCCUGCCCAAUGUGUUCAGGGGCAAUCAUCCUCUUUGGCAUCAAAAUCUGCGUUCUCGGCGAGAACGAGACCUUCAUGGGGGGCGAGAAGACUCUCGAGCAAGCGGGGGUCUCUCUCGUCAACGCAAAUGAUCAGAGGUGCAAAGACAUCAUGGCCGCAUUCAUCAAGGCUCACCCUGAUGUCUGGAAUGAAGACAUCGGACCCAUAGCCUGGAAAAUCUGCGUACGAGUGGGAAUGGUCACCGCUCCUUCGCUAAACUACCACGCAAGAUCGACAUGCGCGCACACAGAGCGUCCUGCCUUGCACAGUAGACAGUCACGUUUCGUGCAGCGAUACAUUCACAUCAUGUCAGGCCCAGGCGAAGUCAGCAUGGAGGGCCGUCUCGGUCAUCUGGAUGAGAAACAGACAAAGUGUCUCAAAGAGUUCUGGAGCAAGUUCCUCAAGUUAGCAAAAGAAGGCGAGUCGCCCAUUGCCGGCGUCAAGGCCAGCAAGCAAGGCGCCGAAGAUGGGCAGGGUGAUGAGAAGAAGGGUGGCGCCGCAGCGUUCGGGGGCAAGGCCAAGGAUGACAAGGCGAAGGACGCGCAGGCUGCCGAAAAGGAGAAGAAGGAGCUCUCGGCACUCAUUGGCAAGCACGGAUCCGAGAAAUUCCACGACGCCUUCUGGGAGUUUGCUCGAGGUGAAAAUCCGGACGCCCUUUGCCUCCGUUUUCUUCGUGCAAGGAAGUGGGAUGUUGAUCGCGCCUUUAUGAUGAUGGCGGCUGCCGUCAAAUGGCGCAUCGAAGAAGGCGUCGAGGAAAUCCGACGUCUUGGCGAGGAGGGACUUUGCAAGGAAGAUGGCUUCCAGCUGCAAUACGACAAAGGAAAGUCGUACAUACACGGCACAGACAAGAACGGCCGACCUGUCGUGUUCAUCCAUGUCGCCAAGCAUAAGCCUUCUGAACAGUCACAAAAAUCGCUGGAACGAUUUACGAUCUUCAAUAUGGAGACUGCAAGAACUCUGAUGGCAUCGAGCGAGACUUUCCAGGGCACGCUCAUCUUCGAUAUGACAGGCUUUGGCCUGUCCAACAUGGAUUGGGCAUGCGUGUCGUUCAUCGUCAAAUGCUUCGAAGCGUACUAUCCAGAGACACUGGGUCUCGCGCUCAUCCACAAAGCACCGUGGGUAUUCCAAGGCAUCUGGAAGAUUCUAGGACCUUUGCUUGAUCCAGUCGUACGAUCAAAGAUCGAUUUUACCAAGAACGAGGCAGCGCUCGAGAAAUAUGUUGAUGCUGACCAUCUCAAGACUGCCAUGGGCGGGCAGCUGGAUUGGGAUUGGCACUUCAAUCCGCCUCUGCCAGAUGAGAACAAAGCCCAGUCAGAUGAGACUGGAAAGAAAGAGCGCGUUGGCAAAUGGAAAGAGAUUUGUAAGGAGUGGGAAGAGACCACCCAGAAGUGGAUCGACGGCGACGAAAAGGCGGGCGAGAAACGCAGUGGCGCUCUGACCAAGCUCUACACUAUCCGAUGUCUUGAAGCCGAUCCAUAUGUGCGCGGCCGCACGACAUACAGUCGAGACGGAACCGAGGUAGGCGACGGGCGAGUCAAAUGGGUCUAUAAUGGCAAGACAGAGGAAGCGGGCACAAGCGCGGACGACUGGCGCAAAGAUCUCGGCAUUGAGGGCAAGUGCCCACGCAAUGGUGGCAAAGAAGGAGACACCGGUGAUUCCGCUACGUCUGGCGAAGGCGGUGCCGCCGCGGCAGCUGCAGGCGCGGGAGGUGCUGCUGCGUCCAAGCCGAAUGGCACGCUUGCCAAGGUUAAAUCGAAGACAGCUAACGCGGUCAGCAUCGUCACGCCUGGACCUUCAAAUGCAGAAAAGGAAGCCGAAGCGAAGAGAGUUGCUGAGGAGAAGCAGAAGGCCGCUGAAGAGAAGCGCAAGAAGGAAGAGGCUGCCGCGCAGAAGAAGAAGGAAGAAGAAGAGGCUGCUAAGAAGCGCGAAGAGGAAGAGCAGCAGCAGCAAGCCAAUGCCAGCUACAUUGCCAAGACGCAAAGCGCUGUCAAUGGCGCUGCCACGAAGGCGACAGAAGUACUCAGUCCGCUCGCUAACAAAGCCGCCGACUAUGUACCAGCUGCGCUCGGUGGGGAUGCGCUCAAGGACGCAACUGCGCCCGCAGAAGCCAAGUAG